GGCAGCGGCGCGCGUUCCCCGCCGGCCACACGGGCCGCCUGUUGCGCCCGGCGAGGGGCGUGUGCACGGGCCCGGGAUCCUUGGGCCCCAUGUUCACGGAGCUAAGGACCAAGCAGCCCCCGCGAGGCCGCGCCGGGGCUGUGCGCGCCGGCUUCGGGGAGCGCCGGGAUGUGGACGCCACGGCACACUUCAGCUUCUGCCGAACCCUCCUGGAUCACACAGUGUCCACUGAGAGCAUCCCUUGUCACCUGCCUCGGACGCCAGGCACCAGCCUCACGUGGCACGACUCCCGUAGCCAGAGGGCCGCUGGCGGCCGGCCAGUCAAGCUCCUGCAGCAGCCUGGCACAGAGGCCCCCCAGGGCCGGCUAUACUCCGACCACUAUGGUCUGUACCACACAAGUCCCUCUGGUGGCCUGACGAGGCCUGUGGUUCUGUGGAGUCAGCAGGACGUCUGCAAGUGUCUCAAGAAACACUGUCCCCACAACUACCUCGUCUACGUGGAGGCCUUCUCCCAGCACGCCAUCACAGGCCGGGCGCUGCUGAGGCUGAAUGGGGAGAAACUGCAGCGGAUGGUGGCACAGGAGGCGCAGCGGCAGGAGGUGCUGCAGCAGGUGCUGCGCCUGCAGGUGCGCGAGGAGGGGCGGAGCCUGCAGCUGCUGAGCCAAGCCUCCUUUGGAAACAUGUCCUAGCUGCUGCCUGAGGCUUGAACCCCAGACCCCAGCACUGUGACCGGAGCCUGUGGCAAGGAUGAUGCAUAGCUGGCACACAGCCCCUCUCGGGACCCUGCAGGAGGCCCCAGGGGCUGAGCCAGCCCGAUGGACGGGUGGGACCAGGAUUGCCAUCUCUGCUGUGCAUUUUGGGCCGUUGAGCAGGUGCGGGCUGUUUGGGUGUGGCCCUUCCUUGCAGGACCUGAGCCCAAAUGCACCCUCUGGUGCUGCUGGCAGCGUGUGGGGCAGCUACUUGGAGCCAGAGCAGGGUCUGGUUAUCCCCCUAGACUCCCGGGGAGUCCGGUUAUUUAUAUUCCCUUCACCCACACUGAUGUCUGUGCCCCUGUUGCCUGCUGAAUCACGCUUCCUUUGGGCAUCCUGCCCUCCCCCAGGGCAAGAGGUCUGUCUGUCUGCCCAUUUGUCCAGUUCUGCACCCUCACCCAGCAUCUAGAGGACAGGCGGGAUAAGCUGUGGAAGCUCCCUCUGGCGAGUGCCCUCCCCUGCCCCACCCAGAUAAUCAGCAGCAGCCGCAUCCCCAGGCACACCAUGCCAAGCGCGUGCCCUCGUGAUUUCUGAAACCCUCGCCACGCGCCCCCAUCUGUUCCCGGGAACUGUGGCAAGAGAGGUCUGGGGGUUGCUCAGGCGCCCAAGACCUAACCCAGCACUAUGAGCACCCUAUGACGGGGAUCAGACCCAGCUGUCUCCUGGCCUAGGGUUUGGGUGUCCCCCUCCUCCCACGGUUGCGGAGGCUGCCUCUGAGGGACAGUUGUGGGCAUGUAUUCUCACUGCUCUCCUCUCCCAAGAAAAUCUGAAUUCACACAAGAGACUGUCCUGAGGGCUGUGCCCCCCGACCCCUGCCCAC